GCCGAAAAAUCCAAAUCAAGUGACAACAUUCCUUACAACCUGCUUCCUGUCAACAGUAAACUAUAAGCUAUAAGCUAUAAGAAGAAAUGGCUGGAAGAUUACCCAGUGCCAGUGGCAGUAGACCUAGAACAGGUGCUAGACCAGUGGGAACAGCUAUCCAAGGAGGUACUGCUACCCGCCUGACAACAGCAAUGAAUCCUGGAACAGCUAGACCAGGAACCAAAGGGGGACAGGUGGCUGGAGGAGGGGCCUUACAGUCUCAGUUAAAGGUUGAAGACAGGCCAAUGACCCAACAAGGAUUAGGAGGAAUGAAAACUGGAGUCAAAGGUCAAGGCCGAACUGUCAAGGAUAGAACUUACUUUCUUGGAUUAAUCAGGAGUAAAAUAAAUGAACUGAAUGGUGAAAAUACCAAAUUGAAUAAGGAGAUAGAGAAUAAUUCAGAAGAAAAUUCUGCUUUUCUGACAUAUGAGAAGAGAGCAGAAGUAUUAGCAUCAGAAAUUAGAGAUUUACAGGGAGAACUUGGUGACUAUAACACACUUGUAGAUAAAUUGACCACAGAUGAAGACAUACAGGAUGUAGAAAUGGAUUUACAAGAUCUGAAAAAUUCCAACGAAAGGGAGGCUAGAAAAAUCGAAGAGCUGUUUGAAAUAAAAAAGCAAAAAGAAGACCAGAUCAGACAAAUAGAGCAGGAAUUGGACCAAGAAAAAAGAAUGGCGGAUAAUAUAGUUAAUGACAUGAAUCCAAAAAUGAGAAAAAAGUAUUUUGAGCUUAAAGAUGUCAAUGAACAUAUGUUGAAACAGUUGGAAAGAGGUCAACAGGAACUAGAUGUACUUAAUUCUAAGAUUGAAAAUUCAAACGAGGAACUAUCAUUCUCCCAAGUUAAACAAGAAGCUGUUCGUCUUUAUGAACAAUUGAAUGACCUUGAAAUGAAGAGGGAUGCAUUAGUCCAAGAAACUAAGAAUCAAUCGUCUCCGGCAGAAGAGAGAGAAAAGUUACUUAAACAGGUCAAAGAGGAUAACCAGGAAAUAGCAAGCUUGGAAAGACAAACAAAUGAUCUGAAAGAGAAAAUAGAACAGGUUCAAGAGGAAAUCAGACAAUUAGAUAUUGAUAUAGAGGAAAAUCAAGGGGAGAGAAAUCAAAAGUACAAAGAAUUAAAGAAAAGGGAAGAAACAAUCGACGAGUUCCUUAAUUCAUUUGAAGAAUCUAAACACCAGGAACAUCAAAGGGUGACACAGCUGGAACAGAAUACUAUAGCAAUACUGGAACAUAUGAGUAGAAAUAUGGGUAGAUUUUCGGCUCUACCAUCCCCAGCAGAACUCAGUACUAUGAAAGAAGAUUUAGCUUUUAAGGCAGGAGAAAUGAAAAAAUCAGAAAAUACAACCUUGGGGCUUGCUGCAGAAAGUGACAAGUUGCAAGUGGACUUACAGAAAGUUGAACAGUUGGAAGAUAAAAUUACAACAGAAUUAGUUAUGUUAAGAGAAAAGAAUUCAACAAUGGAAAAAGAUUUAGAAACUUAUUCAGAUUUAGACAAGUUGAGGGAUAUAUCAGAGAAGAAGAGAAAGAGACUCCAAGAGGAUAGAAUUUCACUGCAAAGACGCAAAGAAAACUUUAAAAAGGUCAUGCAGCAGUUGACCUCUAAAUACGAAGGUAUGAAAACAUCAUUAGAAGAUAAUGAAACAUACAUGCAGCUUGGCAAUUUAGAGAGGAAGUGGCAACAUCAUGAACAAAAUAACUUUGUUAUGAAAGAAUUCAUUGCUGCUAAAACAAUGGAAUGUGAUUUCAGACCAAUAAACAGACGCGUGUUCAAUGCUAUUCAGGAUUUCAACCAACAGUUACAAAGUCAAAUGGCAGGAAACCCCAGCAUGUGAUCUAACUUAUUUUUUUAAGUUACAUUGCUGUUAUGUUAAAUUUCUUAUUAUUAGAAAAAGUACAAGAACAAACUGAUAAUUUAUGACUUUCUUUCUUAAUGUUAUUUCUUCAAAAUUGUAAUUUUCAGUCAGUCGUAUAUUGAAAGCUAGAAAAAUCAUAUGAACUAAGUUAAGUGUUUUUGAAAUAUUAAAUACUGUUUCUACACAUAAGAA